AGGCGGGGCCGGGUGAGCUAAAGAGCGUGCGUGCCUGCCUGUCUCCCCUCCCUUUCUCCCCGUGCGCGCGCCUGCGUAUGGCGUGAGGGGAGCCGGCGCCGCGUCGUUUGUGCUCGUUCGGGCUGCCUGAGGAGUCGUCGUCGUCGUCGUCUGAGGCGGCUCUGAGGGAGCGAUGAUGUCGGUGCGGGUGGCGGCCCCGCCGGCCGUGGAGCUGAAGGAGCUGGGCGGGACCCUGGACAAGGCCGGCGGCGGAGGAGGCGGCGGCGGCGGGUCUGGGCCGUGCGCUCCGGCGGCGGCGGCUGCUGCUGCGGCGGCGGCUGCCUCUCUGCCGCCCAACGCGGCAUCGGCGCCUCAGUCUCAAGCCGAGCCCGGCCCCACAGCCGGCGGAGGCGCGGCUGCGGCGGCCCCUAAAUUGCCUCAGGCUUCGGCCAUGAAGCGCAGCGAGCCCCCGCCGUCCUCCUCGUUAUCUCAGGCCCAGCAGCAGCCGCCUCGGCUGGCGGGCGACGGGGGAGACGGCAGCGCGAGCGGGCAGCUCGCCGAGGCCCUGGUCAGCCCCGACGGGACCGUCACGGAGGCCCCCCGCACCGUCAAGAAGAUCCAGUUUGCUGACCAAAAGCAAGAAUUCAACAAACGCCCCACAAAGAUUGGUCGCCGUUCACUUUCCCGAUCCAUCUCUCAAUCAUCGACAGAUAGUUAUAGCUCUGCUGCCUCCUACACAGACAGCUCUGACGAUGAGACCUCCCCCCGGGACAAGCAACAGAAGAACUCCAAAGGCAGCAGUGACUUCUGUGUGAAGAACAUCAAGCAGGCUGAAUUUGGGCGCCGGGAAAUUGAAAUUGCCGAACAAGAAAUGCCUGCGCUCAUGGCCUUGAGGAAACGAGCUCAGGGAGAGAAGCCAUUGGCUGGAGCCAAGAUUGUGGGCUGUACGCACAUCACAGCUCAGACUGCUGUUCUCAUGGAAACCCUAGGUGCCUUGGGCGCUCAGUGCCGGUGGGCUGCCUGCAACAUCUACUCUACCCUCAAUGAAGUGGCUGCCGCCCUGGCUGAGAAUGGAUUCCCUGUUUUUGCCUGGAAAGGAGAGUCUGAGGAUGACUUCUGGUGGUGUAUUGAUCGCUGUGUCAAUGUUGAAGGGUGGCAACCAAAUAUGAUCUUGGAUGACGGUGGGGAUCUUACACACUGGAUCUAUAAGAAGUAUCCCAACAUGUUUAAGAAGAUCAAGGGGAUCGUAGAGGAGAGUGUUACUGGUGUCCACAGAUUGUACCAGCUAUCAAAGGCAGGGAAGCUCUGUGUCCCAGCUAUGAAUGUCAACGACUCCGUCACCAAGCAGAAGUUUGACAACCUUUAUUGCUGCCGAGAAUCCAUUUUAGAUGGCCUUAAAAGGACAACUGAUAUGAUGUUUGGAGGAAAACAAGUGGUAGUCUGUGGCUAUGGAGAGGUUGGUAAGGGCUGCUGUGCUGCGCUGAAAGCCAUGGGCUCCAUAGUGUACGUCACAGAGAUUGACCCCAUUUGUGCCCUACAAGCCUGCAUGGAUGGCUUCCGUCUUGUGAAACUCAACGAAGUGAUUCGGCAAGUCGACAUUGUUAUCACCUGCACAGGUAACAAAAAUGUAGUGACCAGAGAACAUCUUGACAGAAUGAAGAACAGUUGCAUUGUUUGUAACAUGGGGCAUUCCAACACUGAAAUUGAUGUGGCAAGCUUGCGUACUCCGGAGCUGACAUGGGAGAGGGUGAGGUCUCAGGUAGACCAUGUAAUUUGGCCUGACGGGAAGAGGAUAGUGCUGCUGGCAGAGGGGCGCCUGUUGAACCUGAGCUGUUCCACAGUUCCAACCUUUGUACUGUCGAUCACAGCAACAACACAGGCUCUGGCUUUGAUAGAGCUCUACAACGCCCCAGAAGGACGCUACAAGCAGGACGUCUACCUGCUGCCUAAAAAAAUGGAUGAGUACGUGGCAAGUCUUCAUCUCCCAACAUUCGAUGCACACCUGACAGAGCUUUCAGAUGAGCAAGCAAAAUACUUGGGGCUAAAUAAAAACGGUCCUUUCAAACCAAACUACUACAGGUAUUAAUUUCCUGUGACCGUAGCUGGAAGGAAGAGGAGGAACAAGAAUCCAGGACAGCCACCUCUCCGUCGGCUACUGUACAGGACGAACCAGUACAAGCUUCUGAAGUUAGAGCCAGGCUUGCUCCCCGUAGUACACAGUGUGUUAGGUUAUUUAUUUAUUAAACUAGAAUACUGUAAAUGCGGCCUCUGCCAAUGGUGUUUUUUAAACUGCCAUGGGACUGUGAGAUGAUGGACUUUGGUUUUUGGGGGUGGGUGGGGGUGGGGUGAAAAUGGUAGGUGGGGGUGGGGAAGGAGAGAGAUUGUCUGGCCAAAUGAAUUUUACUGCAGAUUAUGUCAGCUUCAAGCAGUCUGUUACCACUGUUAUGUCUCAUCCAAAUGUACAGAUUAACCUGGGGGUUGAUGAAGAAACCAGCCAAAUUUGGGUGGGUGUGAGAGUACGGAUCAAGGGCACCUGAUCACUCUUGGCUUCCUUUGCCUCUCUUGUCUUUUUAAGCCAUGGCAGUUGGGAAAGUGGCUGCAGGUUUGCAGGGAAAUUAGGAGCUGCCGCUUUAAAAUGGAAGCCACACGAAUGUGUUGUUGCUCCAAAUGCUGCUAAAACAGUUUCAACCUCAUUGCAAGAAACCUUGUUCUUAAUUUAGCUGCUUGUGCAAGGGGGAAACUUUUGGGGAGCAGGCCAGACAAAUGCUGUCCCCCACCCACCUACCCCUUACUGGGAUCUGGGGAGUAGACUCUGUUUUUGCGUAAGAUCAUUGUUGCGCUUCUGCAAUAGUCUUGCAGGGUUUAUAUGCAAGUUAGGAUGAGCCCCAUUCUUUUCCAUGCUUACCAAAGCCAUGUUCUUGCAGGAUGUCUGGUACCGGGGCAUAACGCCCUCAUCAUGAUGAUAAGCAACCAAGCAACUUGUUUUGGCCAUUGGUGCUUACCAUAAACUGACAGUUCAUGUGUCGCUACAGAGCAGUGCAGCGAAACGAUGACAAAACUGUUUGCGAGGACUCUUGUCUCAUGAUCCUUCUCUCUGUGCCAAGGGAUUGUAGUCCUUGCUGAGAAUAGUUUUGAGACGCACCUGCAUUUGGUCCUAGGAAACUUCCAAGUCUCCCCUGGUUGGCUGGGCGGUCGUUUGGGGCAGGUGCUUUGGACGCUUACAAACGCCAUUUGCCCAAACUCCCAAAGUGACUCAAUCUACUUUUGAUCUAUUCACAAGAACAGAGCAGGUUCUGCUAAUGAAUUAAACGAGGGAUGUUCUUUGAUCAUUUGGAAUUUGUUGACGAUAGUGGGCCUGAGCCAGCAGAAACCUUUCCUGCGCACGGUGCAUGGAAAUGGGUGUGUCUCGGCCUGCCUUGGGCUUGCGGAUGUCCCAUCCAUUUUAAAAGUGCUGGGUGCAGGAUUUGAUCCUGCUGUGUCCUGAUCCUGAGCCCCACCAAAACACAGCAUGUUGUUGCUGCGUGGCUGGCUGCAGAGCGUGCCGUUGUUGUGAGGGGGCUUGGAAGAACCAGUGUCCUCAUCUCUCCAGUGUAGUCUUGUCCACGCACCUCCACUUGGCUGCUCAAGAGAAAGCAACCAUUCCAGCAUUUGAAUAUUUGGCAAGAGUUGUUGUCAGGCAGUAGCUCAAAAGGACAUUCACAAUGGAGGGGCAGCAUUGUAUACAAGAUCAUAAAAAGUAGAGGGGCAAAGCCGCCCUCUGAGUGAACCUUUUUGUGGGACUAGCCCUGACAUUGCCUUUUCAUUGGAGUCCCCCAAGCAUUGCAGUGUCCUGAGGCACGCCUGACCCUGCUUGCAGACUUCCCACAGGGGCAUCUGGUUGGCCACUGUGGAAAGAGGAUGCUGGACUAGGUGGGCCCCCUUUGGGCUGAUCCAGCAGCCAGGCUCCCCUGAUGUCCUCAGAUGUAGGCAGGCAACCUUAGGUUGCAUCCAGACCAGUACACCCAUUGGUCUUACUUUUGUGUCCCUCUAUGCUGGUUUUAAUUUUUGCAAAUAUCCUGUACUUACCAUCUGGCAUUGCAGCCUCAAAUUACUAUUUUUUAAAUUGCACCUGUCAUGUUUAUACCUACCUUAAUGAAUUUUAUUCCUUUUACCAGAAAAGAGGGUGUGAUCCCAUAUUCAGAUAGGAUCACGAGGAACCUGGAUUCAGGGAUUGUUUAUCUUUUGCUUUGAAAAGCUUACCUUGUUCAUUUGAUCUGCUGUCAAAUGUGCUGGAGCAAUAGUGGAAUAAAUUUCCCAUUAGGAAAUAGUUUGAAAAUAGAAAGCGAAAGGAUCUUCUGAUGGAGGAGGAAAGGGUGGGGCAGUGCAAAGGGCAAAGCUUGUGUUAGUUUAAGGCUUAAGCUUUUGCCUGCGGGGGAAGAAAAGAGAAAGUGGGAUUCAAACAGUGACCCACGUCAGGACUCAUUGCAGCCUGAGGUGGCUGCUAGCCUCAGAGUGUCCUUCAUGCUUUCAGUAGCAUGGAGUUAGUCGGGCUGCGAUGUUUCUGGAGGUACCUGAGUGAAGAGUCUGGCUGUGCGAUGCUCCGCCAUCUUUUGCAAAUCUGAAGCUUGGUUUUGUGGUUUGUAAUGCCAAUUGUGAACUAUGUUGGAAGAAGCUGUUGAGCAGUUUUGCUGUUUUAAAUACAAACAGGGUUUGUUAACUUUUUCUUUCUUUUUUUUAAAGUCAUUAUUUUGAUUCUUUUGCUUCUCUGUGUAUACUUUGCAGCUGCUUGACUUCACCCUGGAGUCUGUCUUGUGUAUGUCAUGCUUGGGUACUUGAAGAGACACUGCCAUGCAUUUGAUAUCUGUAAGACCCCAGACACUGGGAGUGGGUGGGAGUGCAGCUUAAGUGGCAGGAAAUAUUCAGGAUUCAACUCAGAGUUCGGGCCACACCUCACAUUUGUGCACUGGAGGCUGCAUCCACUUCCAGAAUAAAAAAUAGUGGAAGAACAGAUUCCUUUGCCCUGCUGUAAGGAAGCAGACCCUUUGGAGAGGAAAAGUGCCAUGUGAAUGUACUACCCACCACACCCCUGACCUGUAAUUCUGAGCUGACUGCCCAUAUGGACUUUGGAAUAUCUUGACUGCAUGAAGCUCAGUAUCAUCUUUGUCUGCCACCCCAAAAAGCUCAGUUCCUUGGCUUAGUCUGGUCAGGUUUGUCUUGUCCUCUAACUUAGAUCUAGCCGUGUUGACCCUACCUACAAGAAAUACGGGUACAGUCAUAAGGCAGACAAAUGGUCCUGUGGUUGGUCCACAGCCCCUCUCCCCAUCUCAGCUUACCAUACUUCUUUAGGAUGCUGUGCAUAUAUCCAAGACCCAUGAUGCAGCCUGUAGGCUACCGAGUAGGGAUCAGGGGUUGCAUUCAAUGUAGCACUACGGUAAUCGUUCUGCCAGUGCAAGGAUUUCUCUUUGCAUGAUGGAACAAUCACCCCGCGCUUCCUCAGUCUUUGCAGGGUUUCCCGAAACCUCCAGAGCGGAUUUGUUAAGAGCCUAGUAAUGCAUGCAGCUAUUCCUCCUUGUGGCAGGCUUCUCGCCAUCCUCUUGCCCAUGGAUGUGCUUCUCCCACUGGUGUGACAGAAUUCUCAUCUGCCCCUUCCUUGCCAGCCCGCUGACUUCCAAGGAGCAAGAGUCACUUCUCAUAAUUACUUUUAAAAGACACAGGAGCACCCUCGUAAGCAGCUGGCAGCUUGGAGGAAAGAUACAAAUGCAGUCGUAUUUUAAACGUAUUCUCUCCACUACCCUCUCUAGGAUCAGGGAAGUUGCAGCAUGAAUCAUACGUAGGCAACACACAUACAUCCUCCCUCUGGGUUAGGGAAUCUGUGAACUUCCAGAUGUGGUUGAACUACCGACUCCCAUCCUCCCCAACUGGCUGAUGAGCACUGGACUGAGUCCAACAAUGUGUGGAGUGCCAUAGGUUCCCCACCUCUGCUUCAGGUGACGUUCUGAGCCCUGUGACUUGUACAAGCUUGCAUGUGUCUUUGAAAGGAACCUUCUUAAGCAGGACUUAGUCAGAUGUGGAAUAGUGGAGGAAGGUGAUAUUUGGAGCGAGAGCCCCAGGGCUGUGUUCAAGCUCCUAGCAUCAGGUGACUUACCACCUCUUGUACGGGUUUGUUUUUUUAAAGGGGGGCGUGCUUUGCCCGGGCCUAUCUAGUGUCAGUCUAUGCAUCUGGCCAGUUGCUGGGAAGCGUGUUCUCAAGAUUAGGAAAUGCUACAGGAGUGGGGAACCUUUGGCCCUCCACACGUUGCUGAACUACAACGUCCAUCAGUCCCACCAAGUAUGGCCAGGGAUGAUGGGCGUUGUAGUUCAGAAACAUCUGGAGGGCCAAAGGUUCCCCACACCUGUGCUCCAUCCUGGACUUCAGCUGAUUAUUUUUAGGCAGAUGAGCUACUUGCAGCCUUGGGGAGGGUGGGCUCUUCAUUUGCAGGUAGACAGCCGCUAGCCCUUGUAGUCUGCACUCAGAGCAGGAACAAGAGAGCAUAUCCGUGUUCUGUGGGGGGUGGCUUUUCCUGUAAGGGAGGAAAGAGGGCAAGAGAGAGCAAGCAGGGUGGUUGGGCUGACAUGCCGGUUGAGCCAGCAUUCUUGUUGCUUUGUUUUGAUUUUGUGGAGGAAAGUUAUCCUGUAAUCCCCAUCACUUAAUUUCCUGGAGGGGAAGAUUCCUCUGGGUAUAGCGAAGCAGCAUCUAAUCCCCUCCUCCAGGCAAGAGACAACCAUUCCACCCAUGUGACCCUAAAAGUGUGCAACCCGAAGGGAGGGUGUAGUGGGGAGAGUGUGUGUGCAGGGAAGGGGGGGUCACCUAUUCAGUGUCUGUCACUAGCUAGAGCGUGUGAUGGUGCUGUACUCAUUUGUAAAUUUGUUUGUACAAAUCAUUUUUAUCUUUGACGUGGCGGGCUGGGGAAGCAAAAAUGUCCCACAGAAAGACUUUUAUCUCCACUAAUUUUAAAAUUUUUCUCUGUGUUCUGCUUAUUUUUUAUCUGUAAGCUAUUUUGCUUGCUCAGCUUUUCCUAAUCAAUCUGGAAUCGCCAUAUUCUGUGAUCAUCUCUAAAUUUAAACAGUGUAAUAAAUGUUUUAUUUUCUAACGUAACGUUUUAAAGACUAUUAAAGAAGACAGAUAGGAGACACCAGCAAAAAACCAACAAAAAACCUGCAUAAGGAAAAAACAAUGAAUUGUGAUCCGAAUAUUUGAAAUCAGGAAACAAAAAUCAUGUCAUAAUUCUCCAAUAAGGAAGCUUAAAAAAAACUUAAGAGAUUAUAAUAUUUUCAGAAGGAUGUUUUAAAUAUUAAUGUCUGAGUGAUUGUAUUAGAUCAGCAAUAAGGACUCUGUAAUCUCAAAAAUAUAAAUAAAAUAUUGUAAAAAUCCAAA